AUGGAGACUAUGGAGUACAACUACUUUUCUCCUGCAUCUCAACAAUACGACUACAUGGCAUUUGACGCAGAGAGUAGUAGCAGCGAUUUGGGAGUUACACCUAUCCUCGACGUCCUCGGCAGCGAAUUCCCUCUAACUGGCUCGUACGCGUUUCAGACUUUCGACACUGCAGCUCUUCUCCUCCAUCCCGUAGCAACAACAGCAGCAACAACAACAACAGCAAUAUCCUCUCCCCAGCAACUACAGCUACAGCAACACACCACCUGCUCGCUUUCUCCUCCUUCAUCACACCACCACCACCAUCAUCACCACUCCUCCUCCUCUGUAUCAGAUGGUAGUAGCGGUAGCUGUAGUGGUGGUGGUGGUGGUGGUGGUAGUGGAAAUAAUGUUAUUGCCAUAGACAGCAACACCUUCAUCUCAACAAUCGACACCGAAUUCGAAAUUCAAACUAGGAGGAAUAGUAGUGAAGAAAAAGAAAAUUUGACUCCUGCACAAUCUCGAAGGAAAGCACAGAAUCGUGCUGCUCAACGAGCCUUCCGCGAACGCAAAGAACGCCACGUCCGCGAUCUCGAAGCGAAAUUACAUUUUUUCGCUACGAGAAUGGCGAAGUUACAAGAGGAUAAUGAACGUUUGGAGGGGUUGUUGAGGCGGGUGUUUGUAGAGAAAGAGGCGGAGGAGGAGGAGGAUGAGUUGGUGGUGGUGGUGGGGAGGAGGAGAGGGGAUGAUGAGGAGGAGGAGGGAUGA